AUGAAGUUCGCCGCCGCAACAGCUCUCUUUGCAGGUCUCGCCGCCGCCGGCCCUGUUGAGCUUGUCGAGCGCCAGAGUUGCCCCAAGGUCUACAUCUUCGGAGCUCGUGAGACCACCCUGCCUCAAAGCAAUGGCUACGGUACCGCCGCCGGGCUCGUAAACUCCGUCAAGAGCGCCUACCCCGGUGCAGGAUCCGAGGCCAUCGUAUACCCAGCUUGCGGUGGAGGAUCUGCCUGCGGAGGCAUUUCCUACGACAACUCUGCUUCCCAGGGAACUGCAGCCGUUGUCAAGGCUGUUACUGCCUACAACCAAAAGUGCCCUGACACUCAGAUCGUCCUCAUUGGAUACUCUCAGGGAGGUCAGAUCAUGGACAACGCCGUCUGUGGCGGCGCAGGUUCCACAUUGACCGGCACCGCCCUGGCAGCCGUCAAGGCCGCAAUCUUCAUGGGUGACCCCCACAACCGUAACGGUCUCCCCUACAACGUCGGUACCUGCAAGGCCCAAGGCUUCGCCGCCCGCCCCUCAGGAUUCUCCUGCUCGCCCGCCAGCACCAGCAUCAUCCAGAGCUACUGCGACUCCCAGGACCCAUACUGCUGCAACGGAAACGACGCCAACCACCACCAGCAGUACGUCAGCAUCUACGGAAACCAGGCCCUCACCUUCAUCAAGAGCAAGCUCACUGCUUAG